AUGGCGGACAACGACAGUGGACAUUUGUACUAUGGUCCUCGUGAUUCCUAUAUGUGUGUUUCGGCGGAGAUGCAAGGAUUUUUGGAGAAGAAAGGGGUUCUGGGUAACAGGUCGAAAUUCUGGUGUUCCAUACAACAGUCCACUCUCUACAUGCAAAAGUCAAAUGGCCAGCAGAAGUCACCCAGGCAGGGAGACAUUGUGAAGACAAUCGACUUGAAGGACUGUCACCAGGUACGCAAGGUGACCGCUGAGAUUACGGGAACCCACUUUGAAAUAUGCCAGAAGAAAAAAACACAUGUUUUUAUUUGCCCAGCCAGUGAAAACUGUACAAUGUGGGUUAAGGCCUUGCAAGCAGCCAUGGCUUUGAAGGAUGCUGGUCAGUUAGAUUCAGAUCUCGCAGCAGAAAGCCAGAAUAUUUCACAUGUCUAUGAAUCCUAUGGUGAAAUUCUCAGAGACUCCAAGGUAGAUGCUGUAUCGUGUAAACUAGCAGAGUAUAGUGAACCAUCUGAUGCCAAGAAAGCUAGCAAGGUUGUUAACAACAACAGUGAGUACUGGGAGAUAGGACAUGCUUCAGGCAGUCUUGAUAACCCUCAAACAACAACACAAUCAAUCAGUGACCAAUGCAACAGACAGAAUCUUAGUCAACAAACCUUCACUGAUGCAAAAAGUGAAGCAAGCCAGGGUGAAUGUGAGCAAGAGAUUUAUAGUGAUGGCCUCUCAUUGGCAGCAGAGGUUAAGAAAACUAUGUUGAUGACCUGCCGAGUCAAUGCUGAACUUAAUCCUGGAAACAGUGUUGUUAGGCGUUGUUCUGAAAGCAGUGGAGGUGUAUAUUCUGAUGCUUAUUCCACUGCCAAUGUUCUUCAGCCUCCCUCAGUGACAGCAAGAGAUGAUAUACUGAAACCGUCAGAUACUGUGGACUUUAAGGUCACUGUAACUAGCGAUGAAGAUGAGAAUCCAUUCAAUGCACUGUUAGACUCUCUAAGUGGCCGUGACUCACCAAUCCCAGAUUUUGUUCACCCCCUGACAGAAGAAGACAUCAAGCCUGUUGAAGAUCUCCAAGAAUUUCUGCACAGAAAUCCUGAGUUGUGUCAGGUGGGUUAUGUAUUACUUCCUAGAGAGGAUCCAGUGAACAGUCUGAAAUCUUACCUGAAGACUCUCACUAUUGCUGAGACAGGACACUAG